AUGCAGACGAAGGACAAAGAAAGGGCGCCUGACCCUCAGCCACCGCCUGGCCCCAAGUCUGCGGAUCAGACUGCUACUGAAACUGGCACCGAGCAGCCUCCAGCAACGUCAGACAUCGAUAUAGUGGAUACAACUCCGACAGCACAGCCCCCUGCGCCGGGACCAUCUGAACAGCAACCAGAAGAGACUGGGGUCUCGCAAGCCGUCGAAGAGACACCACAGCCCAAUAUCGAAGCUUCCACAGCUCCUACAGAAGAAGCGAAGGCUUUGGAUUCUGCUGCUCCUGUGGCUGAUGAGACUGAGCCUGUGAUUUCCAACAAGCCUACCCCCACUCCGGAGCCGUCUACAGCCAUAGCAGAGCCCGCUGAGCAGGUAGUUUCUGGAGAUGGCGAUGAAGUAGCACCACAAUCCAUUGCCCUGGAGGCCGAUGGGACCACUGAAGCUGCCACCGAAGGAGCGCCUGAUCUUGCGCCAAAGGUAUCUGAGAAUGCACCAUUAGCAAGCCCCGAGAGGCCCGUCGAAGAAACGCCUGCGGAACCUUUGACAGAGGCACUAGCUAUCGAGGAACCCAUGCCAACUUAA